AUGGUCCUCGACAUCCCGUUCUACCAUCAGAUGUGUGAGAAGGCAGAGGAGAACUGCCAAACUCUGGUGGGCUACUCGGCCGUCUACAAGGUGUGCUUCGGCAUGGCCUGCUUCUUCCUCUUCUUCGCCAUCUUCACCAUCCGCAUCCACAACAGCACAGGCUGGAGGGCGGCCGUGCACAACGGGUUCUGGUUGGUGAAGUUCAUCGUGCUGGUGGCGUGCUGCGUUGGAGGCUUCUUCAUCCCGAAUGAGGAAGUCUUUCUGGAAGCGUGGCGCUACAUAGGAGCGGCUGGCGGCUUCAUUUUCCUGCUGAUCCAGCUCGUGCUUUUGGUGAAGUUUGCACACAGAUGGAACACAAACUGGAGUUCAGGAGUGACGCAUAAUCGCUUGUGGUACGCGGCCCUGGCCUUUGUGACCCUGAUGCUGUUCAGUGCUGCGGUCGGGGCCUUGGUCUUCAUGGGAGUUUUCUACACUGACCCCGAGGCCUGUUUACUGAACAAGAUCUUCCUUGGCAUCAACGGCAGCCUGUGCCUCUUCGUCUCCCUGCUGGCCAUCUCCCCCUGCAUACAGAAGGUGCAGCCCACAUCAGGCCUGCUGCAGCCCGGAGUCAUCAGUGUGUACGUCAUGUACCUCACCUUCUCAGCCUUCUCCAGCAAACCAAAAGAAAUCGUGGAAAGAAAUGGUGUGAACACGACCGUGUGUGUGUUUCCCAUCAACUCUGGGACGGAGAGCGACAAGCAGAUCGUGACCGCUGUUGGAGCCAUUAUCCUGUUUGGCUGUGUGCUUUACUCUUGGUUAGACGACUAUGAUGAGGAGAACACUGGUGGAGGCCAGAACGUGAAUUAUGACGAGAGAGAGGGAACCAUCUAUGGCUACGCCUACUUCCACUCUGUCUUCUUCCUCGGAUCGCUUUACGUCAUGAUGACCGUCACCAACUGGUUCCAUUAUGAUGACCAUAAGAUCGAGAAGCUCCUGGACGGCAGCUGGUCAGUGUUCUGGAUCAAGAUGGCCUCCUGCUGGGUCUGUCUCUUCCUCUACAUGUGGACCCUCGUUGCUCCCAUGGUGUUCCCGAAGCGUUUUGAGGCCUAGGACACCCCUCCCCCCAACACUGAGGUCAGGCUACUCAGGCAGAAGCUCUCACGCUGAGCCAGGGACCAACCCCCCCGCCCGCCCCCCCCCUUUACCUUAAAACACAACCCUACACUCAGCGUGGAAAUUGAGGAUUAUCUGUUGCCUUUUGUUUUAUAUGCUAGUAUCUAUUUUACUUUGUUUUACAAUGUUAAUACCUUGAUGGUAAUGUUGCUACCUUUUACUACCACUUACUCACGGAGUUUUGUAUUGCUUACACAUUUGAAAUUACAUAAAGAAUCAUGGGAUUACAUUGUGAAACAUAAUAAGCAUCCGACCCCUAUAGAUUCCUUCCUGAUUUCAGAUUUGAAAGUGUAUUUUGUAAGUAUUUACUGUGUGUGUCCGUUUGUUUCAGGUUUUUUUGUGCUUUUACUCUCAGCCAGGCAUUUCAGUUCUGUGUAGUUGGACCAUAAAGUUGUAGCAAAGUUUUGGGACAAAUGUAUUUAAGGUUAAAGAUGUUACAAGAUAAAUUGUAUUUAUUUAAGUGCAUAUUCAGUUAUCAGGAAUAAUUUUGUGAAGGUGUGGUAUGAAUUGAAUUACAAUUGUCCCUGACUCUGUUUAAAAUCUCAUCUCUCAGGCUCACAUGUAAGCUGUUUGUGUUAUAUCGCUCUCUUUUUGUAGAAGUUUUCUAUGCAACAGAACAAAGUCUUUUAGAUAGUGUUGUGACGUUUCCACAAAGAUUUUAUUAUUGUCCAUGCUCCCUUUGAGCCAGAUUAUUUCUUAGGAAAAUCCAUGUCCACCCUUCAACAUUUCCAGUCAUCAUCGUUGUUGUACAGGGCAGGGCUCUUCAAAUCAACCUGCCUUACAUAAGAGUGACGUUAGUGGAGCGCCGCCUCUCUGGAAGAGCUGCAGUGACACAGUGAGGAAUGUUUGCCAAAGGUAGAUGUCAGAAAACAACCUACUACAUCUAAAUUGUUUGGUCGGUUAACAAAAAAAAACAUAUGUAUUUGCAUGCCAUGCACACACGGACACUUAAAUUAGCUAUUGUCUGUACAGUCUCAAAGGCUUUUGUUACAUGUGUCAGCUCAUAGUGGAGGUCAAAAUAAAGUAGCAUGAGGGUUUUUGAGUUAUUCAACACUGGAUGUUGAGUUAACUGCCAAAUUAAAAUUCACACAAAGACCUGUUUGUUGCCAGUGUAACAGAUUUUGUUUGUAUAUAAAUACAAUGUAUUAAACAUUGUCAACUACAAAUCUUUUAUGCUCCUCAUUCAUCAAUACAUCAGUCUGUCAUUUUGUCUGACUGUAUUGCUAACAUGUUUUUUAAUAUGUACAUUUUGGCUUAAGUCCUGUGGUCUGUUGACUCUUUCUUUCAAUGUAUGCUUUAUAUACCUGCAAAUAUUGUCAUGCGAAAAACAGCUUUUUAACUAUCGGUAUGAAUGUAGAAGAUAAAUGGUGCUCUUGGCUUUGAUAUCAAUCAAAACAAUCUGAUAGCAGGAGCUACUGUGAAGCCUACCAUAACACAUAGGACCACUUUAGUAGUAUGUUUUACUAUAUAAUCUGAGAUGUGGGUGCCAUGCACUUCAUUGUUCACAUUCUUUCAAUAAAACAUACAUUGAAUGCCA